AUGACUAGCUCUCAACUGACCAUGACUCAGUCGCUAUUCAAUAGGGCUAAUGUGAAGUUAGAAUGGACUUUGGCAUCAUAUGAUGAAAUCCCAGAUAUAAAAUAUACUGCUUUAUUUCAACAAAGACAGUCAUAUUUAGAUCAAGUACCAGAAUCCCAAAGAACUGAAUAUCAUGCCAACUUGGCACGUUCAAAGAAGACAUUUGGAUACACUGCAAAGUCGAUCAAUUUAUUGCCUGAAGUUCUCUUGUUGGGCCAUACAAAUGUAGGGAAAUCGUCAUUAAUUAAUACCUUAUUAUUGCUGAAACAGGAGUACACAUCGAAUUCCUCCGGUACUCAGCAUGCUCGGGUUUCAAGUAGAGCUGGGUUUACAAAGACAUUGAAUUGCUUCAAUAUCGAUAACAAGUUACGUAUCUUGGAUCUGCCAGGGUAUGGAGAAUUUGGGGAUGAAAUUCAAGGAAAAGCUGUGGUAGAGUAUAUCAAUAGACGAAGAAAUUUGAAUCGAGUAUUUCUUCUUAUUGAUAGUGUGAAUGGGUUUAGAGAUGAAGAUCAACAAUUGGUAACUCAUUUGAUGGAUGUAGGGGUUUCUUUUGAGAUUGUUUUCACCAAAGUUGAUCAAGUCAUCUAUAAUAGUAUGCCUAAAGAAAUUAGGAAGCUACCCAAGAAAGUCCAGGAUCCGAAUGAACGAUUGAGAUUGGCUAAUAUGGUUGAAACUUCAAAUCAUAGAGUUGUAGCUUAUUUCCAGGAUAUGAUAGAAGGUGCUAAUUUGCAGCAAUUGGCCACCCUUCCUCGGUUUCUUUUCAAUAAUAGUAUUUCAAAUACUUGUUGCGUCCAAAAGAAUGCAUUUAAAGAGAUCCGAUUUGCUAUACUACAAAGUUGUGGCAUUGUCUAA